CCACCACCACCCCCUAACCAGUUCACCUCACUUGCUCCAUAUUUUCUAAAAAUCGCAAGUUUACUUUUUUAAAGAGAAAUGUGGUAAAUGUUCUCUUUGCGUAAUUAAUCUUGAAAAUUCAUUCAAUAGUAUAUUUCUCUAUACAAUGGUAGUAGAGAAAAUUCUCAAGUUCUCUACAACAUAGACUUUGGGGAAAAGGGUAACCAAUAGAAAGGCAAACAGUGCAACAUUUCAGUAGCACUGAGGUUUAUCACCAGAGAAGUGUAUUAUUCUCCUUUUAGUAGUCGCUCAAAUUGUCAUUUUGGCAAAUUUUCAUUAAAAAAGCACAAUUUACUCUUUAGUAAAUCUGCCCCUCUUACUCUUUUGUGAUAGGUAACCUCUCAGUCAUAAAUAAUAGGAGGACUGCUAUUUUUUGAUGGAAGAAAAAAUAAAUUCAAACACAGAUGAACCUGGAUUAACUCCAUAUUAUUACCAGAAAAAAAAAUUCUAAUCUUGUCUAAUAUUACAGUUUCUCUUUUAUCACAAUAUCCUGUACCACUUUCUUCGGCAUCACAAAUUGUUGUUCCAUAAAAAUCAGAAAAGUUUUAUUUUGAAGGUAGUGCCUUUAAAAAGGAUGCAAGGGUUUGUUGGAUAAUGUUAAAGGACAGAUAAGAGGAAAAGCUUCACUUCCUUUAUUGCAUAGUUCUCUUUUUAACUGUGUUCCUAAACAGAACUGCCAGCACUUCCAGACAAGCACCAGCUCUACAAGGUCAGAAGACGUUCAACAAAAUUCAUAAUGGAUUCUGAAUCUUUUUCAAAUGGCUCAUCAUAUGAAUAUCCAGGAGAAUAUGAUCAACGGGACACUGAUUACAGGCCCAAAGGAAAACCUAUUUCUUUAUCAUCAUUUCAUAGUGCGGCUUUGUUUAUCCUAAGCGUAGUACUGGUUCUCGGAGUGCUGGGCAAUGCCUUGGUGGUAUGGAUAACAACGUGUGAGAUGAAAAGGUCCGUCAACACAGUGUGGUUUCUGAAUCUGGCCAUUGCUGAUUUACUGUGCUGUCUCUCUGUACCCUUUACAAUAAUGGAGAUUAUCCUGGGUCAGUGGCCAUUAGGACUGGCCACCUGCAAACUGAUCCCUUCUCUUCUAUUGAUAAAUAUGUACGCCAGUGUCCUUUUACUGACUGUCAUAAGUAUAGACCGAUGGGCACUGGUUGCAAAACCAGUUUGGUGUAAGAACAAAAGAACUGUGACCAAGGCGUAUUUGGCAUGUGCAACGGUGUGGCUCUUGGCUCUAAUUUUGACCAGCCCAUCCUUUUUAUUUAGGAAUAUACUUACAGACUUUAAAGGCGUAUCUUGUGUAAUGCAUUACAACUUUUCUGAAGAGCACAUAGAAAAGGUCAAGCAGUUUAUUGCCAUUUUCCGAUUCUUAAUGGGCUUCAUGAUUCCUUUUGUGGCUCUCACUGUAUGUUACGGCGUAUUAGUGAGAAAAGUGAGUGAGCGCUAUAGCAAAUCUGGCAAGACAAUGAAAGUAGUUGCCGUAGUCAUUGUAGGCUUCUUUGUCUGCUGGUUCCCUUAUCAUAUAGCCGGUCUUAUACUGGCUACUCAUUCACCUAAGACAGACAUUUACAAAAACACAUUGCAAGUAGACCGCAUUUUGAUUAGCUUUGCAAUUAUUAACAGUUGCAUCAAUCCUAUCAUUUAUGUUUUAGCAGGGCAAGACUUGAAAUCCAUAUUUAGAACAUCCAUCAAAUCAGUAAUAAAGAGUGUACUGGAAGAGGAAGAAAGUCAGCUAUUUGAUCCCAAUAAGACAAAAUCACAUGCAGAAAACACUGUUACAUCUGUGUAGUGUAAUUAAGCAACUUCAUCAAUCACACCUUGAAAUCAGAUCCUUUUUGUGAAGUGUGGGGGAAAUCAGACCACUGGAUUAUUCUGUGUAGGUCACAGUGUGAGGAAGAACCCUUUAUUAUGGGCAUAGCCCAAGGGAUAAGUCUCAGCAUUGUAGAGUAUGGGGAAGGUCAGACACAAUAUCGAACAGUUUCAAAAAAGAUCAGGAACCCAAUUGUACAGUGUGUGGGGAGUCAGGGAGUUUGUUAAGCGUUACGCGGAAAUCAAACAGUGUAGGAACAUAAGUACCCAUUAGUACCCAUAUUGCACAGCAGGGGUUGAGUGAAGCCCACAAGAUCAUAUUCUGCAUUGCUCAGUGCAGACUAGAUAAGGCUAGAUAAGACUUGGAUGCCAGGGGCCCACCAGAAAACCUUAGACCUACCUUGGACCUACUUUCCAAACUAUUUUUCCUCCUCUUCUC